AUGGAUGACAAUGAAAACAUCCAGUUCCUGCAAUUUCAGUCAGGAAACCAUAAUGCCGACAUGGAGACUAACAUAAAUGCUACACCUAGCAAUACAGUCAAACAGCAAGAAGACAUCAAUGGAAUUGAAAUUGGUGCUGAUGUCCGAACUAAACAAUCGACGCUUAUUUACGGGAUUAACGAUAAUCCCCCUAUAGCUCUAACGGUACUAUUUGCUUUUCAGCAAACUAUUUCUGCUGUUCCGAAGUGUCUCUUCAUCGUCACUCUCUUGGCUGAAGUUGUUUGUGCUACAGACGUGGAGAAUUUUAAAACACAAAUGUUUUCUACAACGAUCCUGCUGACCGGACUUUGUACGUUCUUCCAAUGUACCUUUGGUGUGAGAUUGCCUGUCUAUCAAGGACCAGUCACAUACUACAUUCUACCGUUGUUGGCGCUUUCUGCACUACCGGAAUGGAAAUGUCCAGAUUCCUAUAGCGUGAUUGCCAAAAAUUCAUCUCUGGUUAACAUGACGGAUCGUUCCAAUUUCUCGAAUGGAGAUGUCACCCAGAAUGGAAAUACAUUUGAAGAGGCACACGUGUUGCCAAAAAUGAAAGUGUUAUCAGGCAGUUUGAUGCUAGCUGGGAUAGUUCACAUGCUUGUUGGGAUGACUGGAGUCAUAGGAAUGUUGAUGCGCUACGUCGGUCCUCUUACUGUCGUCCCCACACUUAUACUGGUGACCAUACCCCAAGCAUUUGUACUGGUCAAGUUCUGCGAACCCUCAUGGACAGUUACGCUUACGUGA